CACGGAGCGCUGCGGAGCGGAGAGGCGAGCCUGGCGAGCCUUGGCGGCAGCCCAGCAGCUCGGCUCGGCUCGGCUCUGCUCGACGCGACUCGGAAAGGGCGCCUCUCCCUGACUAGCGGCUAGGCCUGCUCGGCCUGCUCGGCCUGUCUGGCUCUGUCCGCGGCCGUGGCCAAGGCCGUGGCGGAGCGGAGCUGUCGUCCGCGACUCGCGACACGGGACUGACAGACUGCCGUGCUGCGACCUUGCCGUUGCUGGAGGAGCCCCUGCCUGUCCUGGCCCCGAGCGGCCCCAGCGGCCCGAGCGCCCCGAGGAUGAGGAGGCCCUUGGGGAUGCCCUCCCCGACGUCCCCAAGCUGACCGCCUUGGCCGCCUGCACAGGAAGAUGACCUCACGCGUUCGGGCCCACCAUGUCCGGCCGUCAUGACAAGUGCAUCCUGCUCACCCUCAUCGCCGUGCUCCACUGCCUGGCCAUACCGCCCGUGGUGUGCAUCCAGCAGAAGGAGCACCGCACGGCGGCCGCGGCCGAGCGUGCCAACGACCUGCGCUGCUUCGUGUGCGAGAGCAUGGACCCGCUGUACGGCCACAGCUGCGUCCACGCGCCGGCCACGCUCAAGCAGUUCGAGAAGCGCUGCAGGGACGACGCCAGGAUAUGCAUGACGAAGCGUUUCUCGUACACCACCUCGACGGAGAACACGACGUCGGAGCCUCGCCUCUUCUCCCUGGAGCGCAACUGCACCUCCAAGUGCGAGCCGGGGUGCAUCAUCAUCGGCGAGAGAACCAAGCUGUACGCGUGCACCGAGUGCUGCGAGACCAACCAGUGCAACACGGGCAACGGGGCGCGGGCCAGACGGGCCUCGUGGACGCGCCUGCUGCCCUACGUCUACCUGGUCGUGAUGCCAGUGCUGCUGGCGCACUGACGGCCGUGCCCCCCUC